UGACUGUCAUGUCGGCGCGCUCAGGGAGGAGUGUAGUCUCGCUUCCUCACCUCAGACACUCACCACAGCUGAUACGGAAAACUAGCGCACCGUAACCGUUGCUAGCUCUGCUGCUAAAUAUCGUGGUGAUAGUGUAAAGUGGGUGCGAUUUAGGAGCAUUUCUGUCGUUUGGAAAGGACUGAGGUGCUUCAUAUUUGGUGAACUUUUGAAAACCACGCCCUAAGCAGACUUGUAACUUGCAGUCUCCCUGGCUAAGGCGCGGACCAACCAGGAGCCAGCCCGCGCGCGCCAACCACUUCCCGCCCAUACUGUGACUACUGAAUACAGCUCCAGCUGCAUAUCUCUGCAUUUUACCCCUCUUUCCCACUGAAACACCAUGUCUGAAGAAGCAGUGGUCCUUGUAACGGGAGUGAGUGGCUACUUGGGGUCACAUGUCGCCAAGCUGCUCCUGGAGGAGGGCUACAAGGUCCGAGGAACCGUCCGUAGCCUGGAAAAUGAAGCCAAACUCGAACCCCUGAAGAACCUCGUCCCUGAUGCUAAGUUUCCUCUUGAAUUGGUUGCAGCCGACUUAACCAAAGAUGAAGGAUGGGACAAGGCUGUAGAAGGUUGCUCGGGCAUCAUGCAUGUUGCAAGUCCUUUCCCUGAUGUGACCAACAAGGUUGUGGCAGAAGAGGAAUUGAUCGGACCAGCUAAAGAUGGAAGCUUAAGACUCCUCAAAGCUGCUGCUGCUCAUGCCAACACUGUCAAGCGAGUUGUCCUCACCUCUUCUUUUGCAUCUGUUUGCGGUGAACCUGUCCCAGAGCCCGAUAAAGAGUACAAUGAAGAAAGCUGGACUGAUGCGGAGUCUCCCACUAUUGAUGCAUACACAAAGUCUAAAGCCAUUGCAGAAAAGGCAGCAUGGGACUUUGUUAAAGAACUACCAGAUGACCAGAAGUUUGAAUUAGCAGUGAUCAACCCAACUCUUAUCCUGGGACCAGCACUUACAGAAGGGCAUAAGAAUGCCACAUCUGUCAGUUUUAUGGUACAGAUAGUAAAUAAGGUAUACCCCGGUGUUCCUCGCGUACAAAUGCCAAUUUGUGAUGUACGUGAUGUAGCAAAGGCACAUCUAAAGGCCUUAACAAUGCCUGAAGCAGUAAACAAUCGCCACAUCAUCUGCACAGACUCUGUUUGGGUGAAAGACAUAUCAAUGGCAGUAGCAAAGGAAUUUAAGCCCCAGGGAUACUCUAUUGCUACUGGCCAAUUCCCUUACUUUGCCUGUUGGUUGCUUGGACUCUUCAAUAAGGGCAUGAAAAAUACUAUCUUGCCCCGCAUUGGAAAAACUAUCAAGAUUGAUAAUAAGAGGAUGGUAGAGGUAUUGGGUGUAGAACCAACAGCCAUUGACUGUACCAUAAAUGAUAUGGUCUACUCCCUCGUUGAUCUUGGCAUUGCACGCAAAGCAAAGAAAUACAAGCAAGCUGGUUCACGAGCAGAGGUGCCAGCUGUAAAUGGAGAAGUUGAAGAAGACAAGAAAGAGGAGAAAGAGAGUGAAGAUAAACCUGAAGAGGAAGGAGAAAAGAAAGAACUUGAGCCUGAAGAUAAAGAAAAGAAGGAGGGUAAAGAAAUAAAAGAGGACAAACCGGAACAGAAGGAAGACAAUAAAGACAAAGAAGAAGCUGCAAAGGAAGAAAAGAAGGAAGAAACCGAGUCUGAGAAAUGAAAGUUGAAAAGGAGGAGUAAGAGUGAAGACUAUUCUGACCUCUCCAAAUUUCGUAUCUGGAUCAGUUUGAGUUUUGAUAGUCCGACUGAGUGUGGGGGGAUGGUGCAAACGUAUAAGUAGAGGCGAGUGGUCACAAAACUUUUGGGGAAGAAUGUCUAUAUGUGGAGUCUAUUAUUGUUUUGUCUGUUGAAAGGUGCUCAGUGUUUUAUGUUCUUCAAUACUUCAUGUGUAGUUUUAAUUUUUUUUUUAUCAGGUUUGUGUUCAGUAUUAAUUUUUUACCAUAUCUACUUAUAAAUGUAUGUACUGUACUGAGUCAGUGUGAAGUCUGAGAGGAUUUGUGUGUUACUACAGUAAUCAGCAGUUUGAACAAAAUAUUGAAGUGACAGAUUAUAAUGACUUUUCAAAGUAGCAUGGAAUCGCUAAUGCAAAUGAAUAGGCUGAGAAUAUAAGAUUUUAUUUUCCUCAUGAUUUGACAAUAACUUACCUAAAGUCACAAUUUUAGCAGCUUCAAACAGGAUAUUCCAUUUGAUUAAUUGAGGUGCCUUGAUUUUUUGAAACCUUGAUGUGAUAAUAGUCAGGCCAGACAAGAGGGAUGUUCUCCUUAAAACUUUUGGGAAUUGCACAUCCACACUGGCAUUUAAUUUACUCUGCCUUACUCAAGUGCAUCUGAUAUUUAUUACAGACUUUUAUACACAGAAGGCUUGAUUAUCGUAUUCUAUUAGCCUGUUUAAUACUCCCAUAACUCAAACUCCUCAAGAUCCUUAAACAAAGAUUGGCUGGAAUUACUAUCACUGCUAAGGGAGUAGUGUGAGACAGUAUUGGCUUUAUUAUCCAAAUAGUGAAUAAGCAGUGGGGGUUAGAAGGUAUUAUAUCAAGGAAGAAAGGUUAAUGACUGUGUUUACAGCAAAUCUUUAGAAUUAUUUAAGGCAAAUAUUUGUCAUGAAACUUUGCAAAUUGCCAUCGUAUUCCAUGAUGGAAUGUCAAGUUAUUAGUGGUAAUAUUUAUCUAACAAGGUGAAUCAUCAAAAUCUAGAUGCUCAGAAAUUAACAAGAUGACUUGCAGUUCACUUAGCAUAAAUGUCUGGAACUUGUCUUCCUCUUCUUUCUCUUCACAGGAGUUUUAUUUACCAAGUACUACAAAGAGGAUAGUCCAGGCACUAGACAAUUACUAUGUGUUUCUUGGUGUUGAGGUUUUGGGGGUUUACCUUUUAUCUGUGAUUAAGUAAUUGGUGGUGACAAGAAACCCUUACAAUGUUCUCCAUGCUUACAAUUUGUAGUAGCAUUUUCUUAUGAAUGUAUAUAUUUUUACUAUUUCUUAAUUUUGUAUGCACUUGUAUGAAAUGUCAAAUGAUGUGAUAUUUUUGUUAUUGCUCAAUUUAGUUUGCAGUAGAAUGAAAUUCUUAUCUGAUGAAAAGUUUCUGCAAUAGAAUGUGUGCAUCUUGCACAAAAAAACACACACGUAGAAACUCUGGUAGCUUUUGUACCAGCUAUAAUAUUCUUAUAACCCUAACAUUGAUUCUUGUAUAACAGGAAAUUGUAGUGAAGGCACAUUUUCAUUAUUUCUCUAAAUGUUGGAGCAUUAUUUUCUCUGCUGCUGCAAUAGCUUGUAAGUCCAAAUUAUUUUAUAACUCCAGGGAGUUUUCUCACCAUGACACUGAUAUGGUAAAUAUUUGAGAUUUAAAAGUCAUAGAAUUGGAAAGAGUUCCCUCUGAUGGGUGAUAGAAAUGAAAAAUUUAUGUUAUACUGUAUAUUCUAGAGUGAAAGUGUUUUUAAAAUCAUUGAAGUUCUAUAUUAUUUGCAUAAAACAUAACCCCAAAAAAACAAUACAAGGAAAAUCCGACAGGUCCAUGUUAAGCAUUACCAGAAUCACAAAUAUAAGUCUUUGAUAUGAUGGAGACUCAUGUUUGUUGCUACCAUAAUGUGGGAUCAGUAAGGUGAAUACAUGUUGGCUGGAUUGUACCUUGAUGGAGGUAACACUGAGUUAAUGCAUUUAAUGUCAGUCAUGACUUAAUGUGUGUAGCUUUUGAGGCUGUUCACUUCAUCCACUGGCUAGCAUUCCUUCAUUUAUUUUAUACAGAAGAUUUAUUCCUCGUAAAUGGGUAGUGCACACUAGGCCUAUCCUUAUGCAUUGUUUCAUUAUGUUAAAGAUAGUUUGCGGGGAGUGUACAGACACUUCUAGGCAGUCUCUUGAAAGUUCUUCUCGUGUUCCCAUUUCUCUUCAUAACACUUGUAACUACAAAAAUAGAAAUAUGUAAAAAAAAAAAAAAUAUAGCCUCCUGGUAUGUUUGAUAAGAUGGCUUAUGGGAUGCUGAGUGUUGCUAAACUGUGAGGGACAAGUAAAGUGGAUGUUUAUCUUGUACUAAGAGAAUGUUAACCUUUAUAACUUCCAUCAUAAGCCAAAACUUGUCGCUUCAAUGAUAUAUAUCCAAAGGUAGGUAGGUUUUUGAUAUAUACUGUAUUUAAGUAAAGGCCACCUUCACCCUGCCAUUACUGCCAAAUCUUGUGGGGCCAAUUCUACAGUGUCAGUAUAUGAUAUACAAUCAAAGUACGUAUAUGUUCAAGGCAGAUACUGUAAUGGAUCAUACUCCAUGCUUGAUGGGUUUAUUUUAGGAUUGAUUAUGAAUAUCAUUCCCUUCAGUCAGCAGAAACUAGUUAAAUGCACAAACUGGUAAAGGGCCAUCUUUAAUUAUAAAGUCUUUAUACUGGCAUACACAAAGUUCUAUUUAUCUUCUCACUUCCCUUCUCCCAGCUUAGAGUACAGCAGACAAUGAUAAAUUUCCACUCCACUAUUCAUUUACUGCUACAAAUGUGUAUAUGUGAUAGAAGCAACUGUCACUAGGGUAUGCUAAUGAUAAUGUAAUUAUAGAUGGCCCUAAGAUAUAUAAAUGUGAUUUAGGAGUUAAUUCAUGACAACGUCCAUCUGAUAACUCAUCCCUCUGCUCCUCCAUUAGAAUGAUUAAGUAUUGAAUGAAUGUAAUUUAGAUUGCAGCUGGAUGAUUAUUAUGCAAAGGCCAGAAAAGUUCAUUGUUAAGAGUUGGUGUAAGCUUGGCUGGAGCCAGAUUAAGAAGCUAAAAGUGAUCACAUGGAUAUUAAUAUAUGAAGCUCCCCAGUAAAGAUAGUAUUACAAGUAGUGAAUUGUUAUUUCUAUGCAUGUUACAAGAAUGCAGAGGCUGAAAAAGUGAAGUGAUGGCCAAGGUUUGCAGUGGUUGUGAUGGCUUUGUGAUGCAUCAAGGACAGUAAAGGCUGAGUCUGUAA